CGGACGGAGCGGCAGUAGGUGAGAUUGAGAGCGGUCUAGGGCAGAGAUCCUAUUGCAAGCUUUGGUCUAGGGGGGGGGGGAAGAAGAGCGGGGUCUCAGUCCCCGUGUGUGGAGAGAUCGGUCCUCGGUCUGAGCGGGUGAGACAGGAAGUCACCUUGUUGGAGUCAUGUCUGCGCCAUCCUAUCACACCCCAGUGGAGCGGCACCUGACUUCCAGUGAAGAAGUCCGUGUCCCCAUGGCAAGUCACCCUCAGCUGAAGUACCCAGCGGGCGGAACCAACCUGGAGGAGCAGAGAACGCGUUGGGAAAGGAAAAGGGUUCGGACUGCGAAAGAGUUGAUUGAGACGGAGCAGAGGUACUUCGAACAGCUGGAGUUAGUUGCAGUGUAUUUUAUAGAGAUUUUAACGGCAAAGGGGACUCUGCGACCAGGGGAACGAGAUGCCAUAUUUUGCACCUUUAAGUCCAUCUAUUCAAUAAACAGGAUGCUGUUGAGUGAUCUCGAGGACGGAAAACUAGGGCAAGGAUUUGAACGCUUCUGCCCUCAACUUCAUCUUUAUACCACUUACACAGAUAACAUGGAACAUGCUCUCAAAGUCUUGCAGGAGCAAAUUAAGAAAAACAAACAAUUCGCUCGAUUUAAGAAGCUUCAAGAAUCUCGAACAGAAUUCCACGGGUUGAAACUAGAAGACUUGCUUCCCCUGCCUCUUCGGCGUAUAUAUCAAUACAAGCAUCUGUUGCGAGAUUUAACUGAAAAUACCAAUCCUGACCAUCCAGAGUUUCAGCAGCUCAAAAGUGCAGUGAGGGUGAUUUCGGAAGCUUCCCAGCACAUUCAGGACCAGGCUCGGAGGCAGGAGAACCACCUCCAGGUGCUCCGGGUGCAGAAACUGUUGAAAGGGCGACGGAGCAAGGUGCUGGCCGCAGGAAGGCAGUACAUUCGCGAAGGUUGGCUCACCACCGUGCCAUCCAAGGGCGAGGAAACCAAGCACAGAAUGUUCUUUCUGUUUUCCGACCUUCUCCUGAUGACUAAACCCUGCCACCCGCUCCACCCCGUGCACUCCGACAAGCUCGUCUGGCAGAGGGCCUACCCUUUGGUCGAGGGCAGGGUAGAGAAAGUCUUCGGGCACACCAGGAGUCAAGGAGGCCUGAUCAGCCUGACCUUCCCAGAGGAGAAGCUCCUGGUGAUGUCGAAUGACCAGGAGGACAUCAACAACUGGUACCGCUGUCUCUCCGCUGCUAUAGGACGGUUGCAAUCGCGGGCCACUGUUACCCAGAGGAGGGAUAACCUCGCCAGGAGACCACUGCGGCCGGCACCAGACUCAACACAGACGGACACUGACUCGCCCAUCCCGAAAGCCGGCAGCAAGAGAUACUUGAGCGACCAGCCACGAGAGGAGCCAAGCGCGAGCGGUCACACUGAGAAUGAUUGUACUGAACCAAAGCAAAUGAAACUGAUGCCACGUCCCACCCUGAGCCCCGAAGACUCCGGCCCCAGUGCGGAACAGGCGGGCAGCAGCUGUAUCAUCCUGUGAUGUUUCCAAGCCUCAGGGAGGACCGGACUCCAUUCUGUAUAAAGAGCACAAGCUUCAACGUACCACGGGUGAAGGCGGCUUGUAACGCACCUGGACUCAAACCCUGCACCUGCUCUAACGCACCACGAGUCGGGCGCAGCGUCAUUGUACAAAAGGCCCGCUUGAAGUCUGCAGAUCGGAAAGGUCUCCUUACAUUGUCUGACUCCUGCUGUGUAAUAUAACAUGCCUACGGUUCAACCUCUGCUGGGUGGGGAGGAGAGACAACUGUGCACUUGGCAUUAACACCAGCAACCUCUCCCAUUAUGAAUCUCAGCAGAUUUAGCUUUGAACCACAAGAAGCUGUUCUUUACCUCCUCUUUGUUUUUUUUACUUGGAUUUCAUGGAGGUUGAAAAAUGUUCUUAGUAUCUCUGCCCUUAUUUCCCCCCAUUUGUCCCACUUUCCAGACUCCUUUUCCCCUUCCAUCCAUGUAAAUGAUCAGUCCAGACCCUGGUCAAAGUCGUGCCACGGAGAUUUUGAUUACUGGAAAUGCCAAAUCCAUUCUUAUUUUACUGAGCAGACCCUGAUGUUCACAUUACAAGCCAGGACGGACCCGUCUCCAAUAAGGAACACCUUUUAAUUAACGGUUUAAUGCUGUGUCCACGAUUACAGUUCAACAGCGAUUACAUUAGUUAAUGUUCCUUACUUGGUCAUUACUAAACGAGCUGUCAAUUUGUGCUGUAGAAUAAUGAAUGAGAUUUUCUUUCACGUAUUUUAUCAUCGUUAGGCUGGGAAUGUCCCGCCUUAGCUGCCAAAGGGCUAAUCCUUCACUGUGAAUACUACAGGUAUUCGGAAUGCAACCUGCAGUGGCACAGCGGUAGAGUAGCUGCCUCACAGUGCCAGAUGACCCGGGUUCG